AUGGCCAUUCUUGAUAGGCUUCCAACACGAGCUAAACUCUCUCAGAUGGGAAUUCCAACUGAUGGACUAUGUAUUUUCUGCAAUGAGGAAAUAGAAACUAGAGAUCACUUGUUUGCAGACUGCAAUUUUGCUAAAACUCUGUGGAAAUCAAUAUUGCAGCUCACUCAAUUACAAAUGUCUUGGGAAGUAAGGCUGGACUGGCCUUGUAGAGAAUGGAAAGCUAAAUCACUCAUCUCCACUGUGAUGAAGCCUGCAUGGAAUACUUAUAUCUACUUGAUUUGGAAAGAAAGAAAUAGAAGAAUAUUCCAAAAUCGAACUAGAGAUGUGGAUCAACUUUUGAAAAACAUCAAGAAAUUUGUCCGAAUUCAGCUAAUUGGUAGAAAUAUUAAUAGACUUGAUGAUGUUAAUGCUUCUCUCUGUAACUAUUGGGGUAUAGACUAA